CCCGCCCUCCAACUAUGUCCGGUCUGCAUUUGUGGCAUGAAACACGGAAGACAAACCUAUACGAAAGGGAUAUUUAAUCUGCAUUAGAUGAGACUUGUCACUAGAUUCAAAAAACAAGAUUUUUUUUCUUUUCGGGUGCUUUACAUUUUCCGAGUUAACAUGCGGUUUCUCGGCUAACGUCGCUAGGCCAUCCCUACCGGCUGACCUGAUAUAUGGGGGACGUGUCACUUAAGGAUGGCGGAUACAAGCAAUGAUGUCUGCUUUAACGUUGUGGCGUUACACCAGCGGCCGUGUCCUCGGCGGAUGGGGGCCGCUGCUCUGUUUGCUUUUGGGUUCCCUGGUGGCCCUGUUGCUGCCCUUGGUUGGGGAGGAAGACCAGUGCUGUGUCGCGCUGAAGGGAAUGGCCCUACUGCGGUGCCAAAUCUGGGGCAAGGGUUCGCGGCCGACAGUCCAGUCUACCAGCCUCACUGUUCCCUUCACCGCUCUUGACGUGUUGCCUUUAAGGCCCAAGCCAAGUUUAGAGACCCAGCUUGAGUCGCAAGCAGCCCUGAUGCAGGCAGUGGAGAUGAGGAAACAGGGGAAGAGAGACAAGGCCCACAAGCUGCUGGUUCAUGCCCUCAACCUGAACCCUGACUAUGUGGAGGCCCUGACGGAGCUGGGCACCCUGCUUGAGGAGGACAAGGACGUGGUCCAGGCAGACCACCUCUACACCAAAGCCCUGGCCCUCUCGCCCUGCCAUGAGAGGGCUCUGGUAAGCCGGGACCGCACCCUUCCCCUGGUGGAAGAGAUCGACCAGAGGCACUUUGGCAUCAUCGACAGCAAGGUGCGCCGCCUCAUGUCCAUCCCCAAGGGCAACUCGGCCCUGCGGCGGGUGAUGGAGGAGACCUACUACCACCAUAUCUACCACACAGUGGCCAUCGAGGGCAACACACUGACGCUCUCUGAGAUCCGGCACAUCAUCGAGACGCGCUACGCCGUCCCCGGCAAGAGCCUGCAGGAGCAGAACGAAGCUAUCGGCGUAGACGCUGCCAUGAAGUACAUCAACACCACCCUGCUGGCCAGCGCCGGAGCCAUCACCGUCAGCGACAUCCUGGAGAUCCACCGGCGCGUGCUGGGCUACGCCGACCCGGUGGAAGGAGGCCGUCUGCGGACCAGCCAAGUGUUCGUGGGCCACCACAUUCCCCCUCACCCCCACGACCUGCAGCGCCACAUGCAGGAGCUGGUGCAGUGGCUCAACUCAGAGGACAGCCUCCAGCUGCAUCCGGUGGAGUACGCCGCCCUGGCUCACUACAAGCUGGUGUACGUCCACCCGUUUGUGGACGGAAACGGCCGCACUUCCCGCCUCCUGAUGAACCUGGUGCUCAUGCAGGCGCGCUACCCGCCCAUCACCAUCCGCAAGGAGCAGCGGGCCGAGUAUUACACGGCCCUGGACACGGCCAACGAGGGCGACGUCAGACCCUUCAUCCGCUUCAUUGCUAAGUGCACCGAGAUCACCCUGGACACGCUGCUGAUCGCCACCAGCGAGCACGCGGUGGGGCUGCCAGGGGCCGGACCGCACCAGGCCUGCCCCGACUGCAAACACACCAUCCCUGUACACAACUGACCUGGGGGAGGGAGGGAGCCUGACGUGUGGUGGUGUGUGGCCCGUGGUGGCUUUGUGCUGCAGGAUGGGUUUAUCGGUGUGUUUCAUUUUAUUUAUGACAGCAUGUCCAUGCACCUUGAGGUGAAGCUAAGGAGACUAUUAUUAUACCAACAUGGUUACCUCCUCUUUUGUAGAUUUCACACAUGCUGCUGCUGGUUUCAUGUGUUAGUUUUAGCUGCAGGUUUUGCAGGUUGAAUCGUGAGUUAGACUAAUACGUUAUGGUGUUCCUGUGUCCUCAUCAAAUGAUCAUGGAUUGAUUAGACUAGUUUCUGAUGUCAAUUAAGUGCCAUAACAAUCUUUUCACUUUCAACUGGCAGUACUCUUUGGAACACUACUAACAUUUAAGAGUUCUGUAGAUGUUAAUAUAUAAGAAGCAUUCUCAAACCAUCUGUUUCAUAUUUAAUGUUGCUUGAUAACUUAAGCUAAUAACAAAUGGAGUUGUAAAUGAAUAUAUAAAGUAUAUGAGAAUGUCACUUUGAUUCUUCUAAGGUCUAAUGUAAUUAUUUUCUAAAUAACACUGUAUAAAGCCUUUAGGUACUUAAUUCACUAUUUAUUUUACUACAGAAUAAACUAUUUUAUUACCCU